GAAAGCGCUUCCCCUGUCUCUGAACCGGCAGAUCCGGGUCUUGUGGUCUAGACUGACGUGGUCAAUCGAAAAUCAAAACAGAAGGGGAAAGGUUCCGCAGGGCUGGUUCCUGGGGCUGAGCCGCGGCUGCUUCUGCCUGUCGAGCAGGCGGAGCGAGAAGGCGGCAGCAGGCACGGCACCAGACUCCAGGGCAAGGUGUUCAGAGCCAACUUUAGGUUUCUACGGAUAGUCAUGGCAGAAGGUGGAUUUGAUCCCUGUGAAUGCAUUUGCUCGCAUGAACAUGCAAUGAGAAGGCUGAUCAAUCUGCUGAGGCAAUCCCAGUCAUACUGCACAGACACGGAAUGCCUUCAAGAAGUGCCAGGACCAAAUUCCUCUGGUGAUAACGGCAUCAGUAUUGCCAUGAUAAUGAUGGCCUGGGUGGUUAUCGCUCUUGUCUUGUUCUUGCUGAGACCAACUAAUCUAAGAGGAUCCAACAUGGCUGGAAAACCGGCCAGUCCACAUCAUGGACAAGAACCACCAGCCCCACCCGUGGAUUAGACCUUCUAAUGCUGGAAAUGCUCGACUGCUAAAACCUUGCACGACCAAAUGCACGAAAGUGACCAGAGUACUAAAUCCCAUUCAAUACUAUUUUCCUUUUGCAUUUACAUAAAGCAGGAUGAUAUUAUUUUGGUAUGGAACAACUAGGAGCUAUUUCACUUUUAAGUUAAUUCUUGCUUUAUAUAUUAUUACCAUUCCUAGUAGGUGAUAUUUGAAUAAACAAUAAGGAGCUGCAGGGGGUGGAGUUUUGGUUGUUGUUUUACUGUGGACAUUCUAGUCAUUCUCUUUUUGUUACAAUGAUUACAAUAUAUAAUUUCUUUGCAGUGGUCUCUGGCAUAAUUCAAGGAAAAUUUAAAUCCUUGUGCAUUUAUAGUCAUUAAAAGUUAUUUUUCAGAUUAAUUCUCUUUUUUCCCUACAUAUUUUGGAAACUUAUUUGCAAACAUGAGCGUGAGUUUUUUGUAGAAAAAGUGAAAUUACUUUACCUUUACCCAGUGAUGAGCUGCCAAAAUCUUAACAACUGGUUCCCUCCUCGAGGGGGAUUGUGGCCUGCCCCCAGCCCCUGUGACUCCUGCUCCAUCCAACCCCCCGCGUUCCUUGACACUCCCCCCAGACCGCCGCCCCAUCCACCCUCCUCCCCUGUCCUCUGACUGCCCCCAGAACCGGACAGGAGGGUCUCGUGGGCCACCAUAGUGGGUGCCCACCCCACCCUGCCCCUAAGAGCCAGAGGGACCUGCCAGGGGGCGAGGUGGGGAGUCCCAGCGGUGCUUACCUGGGGCGGCUCCCAGGAAGCAUCCGGCAGGUCCCUCUGGCUCCUAGGGGCAGGGUAGCAUAGCUAGGGGGGAGCAGGGGCAGCGGCCACUCCCCCAACUGAUCACAUCAAAAGUGGUGCCUUAGGCACCGACUCCAUGGGUGCUCCGGGGCUGGAGCCCCCACGAGGAGAAUUUGGUGGGUGCAGAGCACCCACUGGCAGCCCCGCACCUGGCCCCAGCUCACCUCCGCUCUGCCUCCUCCCCUGAACGCACCGCCCCGCUCUGCUUCUCCAACCCCCGGCUUCCCGCGAAUCAGCUGUUCGCACAGGAAGCUGGGGGUGGGCUAAGAAGCAAGCGGUGGCUUCACGCUCAGGCCCAGGGAGGCGGAGGCAAAGCGGAGGUGAGCUGGGCGGGGGGCGUGAGGAGGGCCGCCCGUGCCACAGCAGGUAACCCGGGGAGCAGGGGAACCUCUCCCCGCCCCAGCUCACCUCCACCUCCCUGGGCCUGAGCGCGAAGCCGCUGCUUGCUUCUCAGCCCUCCCAGGCUUCCUGCGUCAACAGCUGAUUCGCGGGAAGCCGGGGGGGUGGAGAAGCAGAGCGGGGCGGCGCGUUCAGGAGUGGAGGCAGAGGUGGAGCGGAGGUGAGGUGAGCUGGGGCCAGGCGGGGAGAGCACCCACCGAAUUUUCCCCGUGGGUGCUUCAGCCCCGGAGCACCCACGGAGUCGGUGCCUAAGGCGCCACUUUUGGCCGGUUGUUAAAUUUAGAAGCCCUUAUAGAACCAGUUGUCCCUCGUGGGACAACCGAUUCUAAAAGGGCUUCUAAAUUUAACAGCCGGUUCCAGCGAACCGGUGUGAAUCGGCUCCAGCUCACCACUGCCUUUACCUUGCUGUUCAGAGCAGCUUUAACUCUUUGGACCUCCAACAUAGUUUUUAGGGCUGUUGCAAAAGCAUGGAUCAUCUGCUGUAAUGAAUGUACAUCUAUGUGUGUGGGCAUGAGAAUGUGUCUGAAAAUUAUCACAAUCAAAAGCUUGUCUUAUGUGUAAGGAAUUUACACAAAAGAUUAUUAUCACCAAAAUCAAAUUAAAUACAUUCACCAAUAAGUGAGCUGUCUAAUUCAAUGUAUUUUAAAGACAACUAAAACCUGGGCAACUAAAUAUUAAAUUCUAAAAGAGAAUUGUUUACAAACUUUACAAAAAGAAAAAUCUACUGACACGUAUCCAUUACAAUUUUCUGUCCUGAGUAUAAUCUUAUAAUAAUCAAUAUCUUAAAUUUUUUGCUGCAACACGUAACAAGAUCAAAACGUUAUCAACCAGUCAUUAACUUCAGAAAGUUAUUUUCACUUACUUACAAUUUGAUUUUUACCUACAUAUUGUCAUAAUCCUUACCCUUUUGAUUCUUACCUAUUCGUUGUUGGAUUGUUCAAUACAGAAAUUGCAGGUGAAGAUCUAUGGCAUAUAUUUUCCCUUUAAUGUUGGUGUGUGUGUGUGCAUGCAUGUGCAUCUUCCGUUGGAACUAGUGACAGUGACUUUUUUAAACAUACAUUAAAGAAUUUAAGAACAUUUUAAAGACAUACAGAAAAGUGACAUUGUAUAUUUUUCUUAUCAAUUUGAAAAAUUAAUGGGAAUAAUGUAAAGGACAGUUUUGUGUGACCAGAUGGCUAUGGAGCUACUUUCCACAAAAGUAGGGAGAACAAAUAUGCGGGGAAUUAAUGGCCUGAUCCUGCAACCUUUUACUCGCAUGAGAACGCCUUACUUUUGCAAGUAGCAAAGGGGCUAUUCAUGUGAGUAAUGAUUUGCAUAACUGGGCCGUGGAAAAAUACUACAUUGGAUCCCUUUGUUAUCAGAGAUAGGCUUGUCCUCCUCAGGGUAAAUGGCAGGUCAGCCAAAUUGUCUUGUAAACACACAGUACAGACCCGAGAAAAUGCUUUUAUAAUUUGAUGUAUGUAACUGUGCCACUGAGCUUCUUUGUAGCAGUGUGCUGUGUAAUACAGCACCUAUAGAUAGGAAGCAUUAGUAAAAUAAUAAUAUUGGGCCAAAUUCUCUGUUAACCUGAUGCAACCUUACAGAAGAGAAUGGGAUUGCAACAGUGUAAUCGAGAGAAUUUGUCCCAAUAUGACUGAUGGCAGUAUAGGCCACAAACACUGUGUAAGAACAUUACUGGGAUACACUAUCCAACUACUAGUUUUUGCCUUCCUAGUACAUCUUUGGAAUAACAUUUUGAACUGCGUAGGUAAUGUGAUAUCUUUUUAUGGAACCAAUAAAAAAUACUUACAUGGCCUACCAUACCUGCGUUUUUUUCCCCCAAGAAUCAAUGGCCAGGGCCAUCCCUAGGAGAGUGUGGGGCCCAGGGCGGAAGUGACGAAUCCCUCACUUCCAGGACCAACCGUCACUUUCGGGACUGACUGCGCUGGCCAAUUGUGCUGGCCCACGGGGCCCCCCAAAGCGCAGGGCCCAGAGUGGUUGCCCCAAUUCGCCAUACCCUAGGGACAGCUCUGUCAAUGGCCAAAAGUCUUCAAACUUGGGUGCAUUAAGUUAGAAGCCUAACUCCAUAUGUAAGCACCUAACUGGAAGGGGCUUCAUUUCAGAGAUACUGAGCAACUCCAGCUCCUGUUGAAGUCAAUGGGACUUGCAGGUGCUCAGCACCUCUGAAGAUCAGACCACUUCUAUUUAGAUGCCCUAAUAUGUAUAUAGAAGGCAUGCUUUGUGCACCCUGCUUUGAGAUUUUUGCCAAUAUAUAGCCAUAGAUGUUUGUACAUUGUAAUCCGAGAAAUUUUUAAUUGUGUUCUGUGUUGAAUCAAUGUUUUUUUUUCUUAAAAUUCUGCUAGUCAAAAUGUCCGAACAGUUUUAUACAUAUAUAAUUUCCUUAUGUAAAUUGCUAUUUAAAAUUUUCUGUGUGAAAGAAAAGCAGUGGAAAUAUUGUAUAGCAAAAUGUUUUGUUAUGUAGCCAGGCCACUAUCCCAUGCCAACAUGUAUGCCUUUUAAAUUCUGAGAUAUUCUCUCCAGUAUGUAAACUUCAGACCAAUAAUACUGCUUAAAGUAAUACAGCUAUUAUAAGGCUGUAUUUUGCCACUUUUAUUCAUGUUAUUUUACUCAACAAGUAGCUCCAUUGUAAUUAGUUUGACUAUUGUCAGAGAAUGUUCUAGCUGCAGCAUCGUUAAUAAAGGUGGCAGAAUCUAGCCCAUAAUAAUAAUUUGUGAUGAAAUAACUGCAUCGUGAUUACAAAACUGAACACUGUACAUUUUAAGAGGAACCCCUUGGAAGAGAUUAGAAGGAUGUAAAGUUUAAGACCAUGAUCAAUUUUAUAUUAAAGGUUUGAGGCUCAGCUAAUAAGAGAGAAGUUGUAGCAAUUAAAGAAAUAAAGAAGAGAGUUUAUGUUUAUACCUUCGUUUAUAACUUUGUUAAAAUAAUAGUAUUUUAGCAUCUGCUUAACACAAUUAUUAUAUUCUGAAAUGAAAAAUCAUGUGUGUUCAUAUAGUGUCUGCAGUAAUGUUGCCUUGUAACGUUUACCUAAAGAUGAAAAAUGAUAAUGUGAUGUACCUGAUGUAAAUUGGUGGUUUAAAAUGUCUGAAUCAUGCCAAACAAAAAUCAUGUCUGUGCCAUUUGAGGUUUACUAUUAAUCUUCUACUGAGUAUUUGGAACUGGGAUAAAGGGCUUGUACUAUGCACUUUUUAUUGACAAAUAAAUUUCAAAUCUUAGUAA